AUGCGUAUAAUCUAUCUAUCUAUCUAUCUAUCUAUCUAUCUAUCUAUCUAUCUUAGUCUGUUCAUAUCUAUCUAUCUAACUAUUUAUCUAUCUAUCAGUCUGUCUGUCUGUUCUUGUCUUUCUUCUUUUCUAUCUAUCCAUCUAUCUAUCUAUCUAUUUUAUAUAUCAGUAUUUUCUUAUCUAUCUAUCUAUCUAUCUAUCUAUCUAUCUGUUUUUGUCUUUCUUCUUUUCUAUCUAUCUAUCUAUCUAUUUUAUAUAUCAGUCUUUUCUUAUCUAUCUAUCUGUCUAUCUAUAUAUUCUUUUCUUUUUUUCAUUCUUUCUUCUUUCCUAUCUAUCUACCUAUCUAUCUAUAGCUUUCUUUUAUUUAUCAGUCUGUUCUUAUCUAUCUAUCUAUCUAUCUAUCUAUCUAUCUAUCUAUCUAUCUAUCUUAGUCUGUUCAUAUCUAUCUAUCUAUCUAUCUAUCUAUCUAUCUAUCUAUCUAUCUAUCUUUUCUAUCUAUCUAUCUAUUUUUAUAUGUUCUUUUUUUUAUCUAUCUAUCUUUUCUAUCUGUCUGUCUGUCUAUCUGUCUAUUUUGUAUUUCUUCUUUUUAUCUAUCUAUCUAUCUAUCUAUCUGUUCUUAUCUUUAUUAUUUUUCUAUCUAUCUAUCUAUCUAUCUAUCUGUCUGUCUGUCUAUUUUAUAUAUUCUUUUUUUCUAUUUCUAUCUAUCUAUCUAUCUAUCUAUCUAUCUAUCUGUCUGUCUGUCUGUCUGUCUGUUCUUGUAUUUCUUCUUUGUAUCUAUCUAUCUAUCUAUCUAUCUAUCUAUCUAUCUAUCUAUCUGUUCUUGUAAGUAAUCAAUUCCUUCAUAUUUCUCCACCUGUUCCCGUGAGAAAGAGCUGUUCACAUCUAUCUAUCUAUCUAUCUAUCUAUCUAUCUAUCUAUCUAUCUAUCUAUCUAUCUAUCUAUCUCAUGAUGCUCUCUCAUAAUUUUCUUUCUUAUCCUUACUCUCUUUCCUUCACUUUCUUAUUCAUCUUCUCUCAUAUUUUUCUUUCUUAUCCUUACUCUCCUUUCAUCUCUUUCUUAAUCAUUCUCUCUCAUAUUUUUCUUUCUUAUCCUUACUCUCCUUUCAUCUCUUUCUUAAUCAUUCUCUCUCAUAUUUUUCUUUCUUAUCCUUACUCUCCUUUCAUCUCUUUCUUAAUCAUUCUCUCUCAUAUUUUUCUUUCUAAUCCUUUUCCUUAUUUCUCUUUCUUAUUCAUCUCUCUCAUAUUUUUGUUUUUUCUUACUCUCCUUCCUUCUCUUUCUUAA